AUGAAAGAGCACAUGCAGUAUAUAAUAGACCAUGCUGACGAGAUUGAGAAGCUUUUGAAAGUGAAGGCCCAAGUUUCAGAAGUUAAAAGUAUCAUGUUGGAGAAUAUAGACAAGGCUAUUGAGAGAGGGGAAAACCUAACUAUUCUUAACAACAAGGCUGAAGAUCUGCGUGAUUCGGAAUCCUUCUGCUUCUCGUUCUCAUUAUUUGGGUUUCAAUUUGCCAUGGGUUUGAUUGCACCAACUAGCAUGUCUUCAGCACACAAGUGGAUCAACUUCAGUUCAAUUGUGUAUACACCGAAGCCUCCAUUGAAGAGCUUGAGUUCCGCAGAGGGGUCACUGCACUCUUUCUGCAAGUUUGUUUUUGAAAAUCUCCAAGCAGUUACUAAGUGUUUACUUUACUCAUCCUGAUAGCCCAAGUUUCUAAUUUGCAUCUCAGUGGACUCCUGAAAUUGUUCUAUGCUUCAACUAGAGCCUGUAUUGAUUCAGUCUCAUUGCCCAAGUCUGUAUUGGAAAAUCAGAGUGAAGUCAUGGAGAAAGAAGAGAAGAAAAGAUUUCUUGUGUACUGCUCUAUCAUGCAUCGAAAGGUUUUUUGUGCUGUACACCUCAUUGCGAAAGACCAACCUCUGCUAUACACCACGUUGAGAAAGUACUCUUUUAAGAUCUCGGGUUCUUAUUAUUUGUACAUUUUAAGGCCACAGAUUCACUAAUUGGUGCAAUAGUUUGUGUGCUAAACAGAAAUUUGAACAUGGUUUGUUCCUCUAAGAGAUGGCUGAAUCUGUAAGGGAGGAUUU